CGACGACGACGACGACGACGACGACGACGACGACGACGACUACGACGACGACGACCACGACGAUCACCAACGACCACCGCGACCAGCAACGUUUUUCGUCCUUGCGCCUCCGCGGACGCCCGGCUCACCCGAACAGGUUGUCCCAGUCGGGACCGGCGGGCUCGAGCGGGCGCUUCGCACCAGCUGGGUCCUGCUCUGGCGCGCCGGGCCCUCAGGCGGCCCGCUGGCCGCGCCUGCGAAGGACUGGCACCUGCCGCGGGGGAUGUUCCUGCGGGCCGCGGCGCGGUCGCCGAGAGGAGGGUCAGGUUCACGCGCGGCUCCCGCGCGGCGUCCGCGAACUCGAACGGCUCCGAGGCGUGAAAUAGGUCCGACACGAAGAUCGCCGCGCGGUUCCUGCGCGGGAGCCCACGUGCCGGACGGGCCCAGCGGCGAGGAGCACCUCCCGAAACGCCGCCUCCUCGCCCCUCGAGGCGAACUCGCGGUUGAACUCGGCGACUCCGGCCUCGGUGGGCGGCACGCGCACAUGUACACGUCCAGCCCGCCGCCGGUCUUCCGCGCGGAGUCGGGGGUGAGCCAGACGUUGACGUUCACCGCGGCGACGUCGGCGUGCGCCGCCGGGAUGGCGAUGCCGUUCGGCGAGGACGCGGUGUACUUGAACAGCCACCACAGGCCGAGGGGGUGGCCUCGGCACUGCGGACAUCCUGCGCUCCAGCGACCGCGCGGCCGACAAGAUGACGGGGUGCACGUUCCCGUCGCCGGGGAAGGCACCCAGGAAGCCGUUCCUCACCGUCCGGAAGCAGGGCGCCUCACAAGGCCUCCGGGGCGAAGAAGUCGUCCACCACGACGAGCUGGCUGGCCAGGGUCCUCGGACACGGCGGCCCAGUCCACGGAAGCGUUCAGCGGGUCCGGCGGGCAGCCGCCCGCGCCGCUCCACGCCGCGAGCCGCGCCGCCGGGUAGCCCGCGCUGGAGCGGCCGAGGUCGUCGAAGAGGCCCCUCCUCAAGAGCGCCACCUCCUGGGCAAGGUAGGACGAUGAGGAACAGGAGGAGGAGGAGGAGGAGGAGGCGAUCGACAAUAAAUCCAUGCCCCUGCUUACGCCCCGCCCCCACGAGAGGCCAGAGCAGCGACAUGGAUCAGAAAAUCCGGCCCCAGGGGCCACGCGUCUCUGUUCCAUGCCCGGUUGCCCUUGGCGCCGAAUGGGGGGCAGCAGCAGGAGUGCCCAUCGGUC